UUAAAACAAAAGAACACACAUCUCACAAAUAUGGCCGCCUAAUUUGUAGUACAAUAACCACAUAAUAACUACACACCAUAUUGAGCGAAAACAAACAGAAAUAUUUAUUCGGUUACAUAAUUUGAAAUAAAUGAAAUGUUAUAAAAGUGAAUUCGUGAGAUCGGAAUUAUGAUUAAUGGUGAACAUUCUAUAGUCAAAUAUAUUGUAUAAAAAAGAAGAAAAGUAAGAAAAUUACAAAAAUGGUAAUUAGUAAGAAAUAUGUGUGAUAGUGUGAAACAAGUUGAUUCAAAAUUUUAUUUUAAUUAGUGAAUUUAUACAAUUGCAUAAAUAAUGUGGAUUAAAUAUUUGUUAAAAGUAUAUAUUUUAUACGUAUGUACUAAAAGGAUCGAUUCUGUUGAACCCAACGCCAUUGUUACUGUAAUUGAGCAGCCGACACCAGUGCAGCAGACGAAAAGUCAAGGCUGCAGACGAAAUGAGAAACACCCGGAUGACAAAGAAUUCCGUAUAGCUUGGCUCGCACCGGAACAAGAAUUCCACAAUUUGAGUGCUGCAACAAGUGCCGGGGCCGUAAAACUCGCCCUUGUAUAUAUUAGACAAAACGAAUUAUUGAAAGGAUAUAGACUAAAGGCAAAAUGGUACGACUCUAAAUGCGACUCUAAACACGCCUUGGCAGCUUUCGUGGAAGCUGUUGAAACAUAUGACCCGGAUGUUAUCAUGGGACCUCCGUGUUCAACAGGUCUUCUUGGCGUUGCACAGUUGGGCUCAAUCUGGAAUCUACCGGUGUUCAGCUGGGUGUCCGAUUUGUUAGACUCUAAAGAGAAGGAUAAAUACACAACUUUGAUAAGAUUGUCAGGUCCUCUUUACUCUCUUUCAACAACAAUGCGACAGAUUGGUUUGUAUUUCAAAUGGGAGAAUUUUGCCCUGAUUUACGACAAGCAAGCCCCGUACGAAGCUGUGGCCGUGGCAUUGAGGGGAGCAACCAUGGAUAAGACCUAUACCAUAAAGAGCACACAUUAUAUUUCCGGUGAAACCACCGAUGAGUACAUUGUUUCAAUGUUACAACAAAUUAAAAAGUUUGCAAGAGUCAUGAUUUUUGUUGUACCUUGGCAUACAUUACGUCGUUACUUAUUGCUGGCCCAUGAACUAGGUAUGGCUAAUGGAGAAUAUGCGUUUGUCUGCGUUCAUGGAGAUUUGUACAACUGGGAUGUACUGGACGAGAAAAUAUUGUCAGAUUGGGGAUGGAGGCGAAAUGACGAACAUGAUGAAAAAGCGCGGGAAAUAUUUGAAUCCGUCAUUCACGUAAUUAUGGAGCCCGUAAAUAAGCUAACAUAUGAAGAUUUUAAGAAUUUUGCAGCCGGUGCCGCCGUGGUAGACCUACCAGAUUGGGAAAUACCUUUCAAUGGAACAGACCUGGAUGCAUAUUCGCCUUUUUUGUAUGACGCAAUGUUGACGUGGGCUAUGAGCGUGAACCAUACGCUGAAACAUGGAGGAAACCCUAGAGAUGGAGCGCAUAUAUAUAAUAUUGUUCCGGAGGCCGGAAAUAUAGAAGGUGUUACUGGAGACAUAGUUUUUAACCUGCCCGAGAUGGAACGUAUGAUGAACUAUCGAGUACUGGAUAUGAAUGAGAAUGGAACAUUCUACAGACUUUUCGAUUUUAUUUACAAGCCGGGCAGAGAGAUGAAGUUUGAUCAUGAUGACCGUGAGAUCUUUGAGAAGCGUGGACGCUGGCUUUCACUGACCGGUGCACCCCCGCCUGAUAUACCAGUCUGUGGCUUCGAUGGUGAAAAGUGCGAGGAAAAAGUCUAUAACAACAGUUACAACAGUACAAUUAUUGGUGCCUCAGUGUCCGCCUCGGUCGUUUUGGUUUUAGCUAUUGUUGUUCACAUGAUGCUAAGGCGUUACCGCCGACAGAUGAACCUUCAAAGUAUGUUGUGGCAAGUUAGAUUUGACGAGAUAGACUUUGUAACAGCAUGGAUAUGCGGCAGUCUUCGGAACAGCUUCAAAAAUCUACGAAAACCGUCCUCAAAAACGCUUAAACGAAGAAGGUACAAUACAGGUGACAAGGACAACAAAGACAUUAAGCAAAUAACAUCACAUAAUGGGAAGAAAGGUUCGCCAGAUGUCCAUUUAAAGUCAAUUGAUGCAAGCGCCAUGUUUGGAUCUGUGGCUAUUGUUAGAGGUAAUUUAACGUCCGUUAAGAAGAUUCAACGGUGCAACUCCAAUCUAACAAAAGUCGUUUUGCAAGAAUUAAAUCAGUUAAUGGAGAUUAAGCAUCAGAAUAUAUGUGCUUUUGUCGGCGCAUGCGUAGAACCAAACCGCGCAUUAUUGAUUUGGGAGUACUGCGCAAAGGGAAGUUUACAAGACGUCAUCUGGAACCAGAACAUCAAAUUAGACCAAAUGUUUAUGUUUGCAUUGAGUCAUGAUGUCUCUAAGGGCCUUGAGUACAUCCACAAGGGUCAGAUACAUUUUCAUGGCAAUUUAAAGAGCAUGAAUUGUGUUGUUGAUAGUAGAUGGACUUGUAAACUAACAGAUUACGGUGUACCGACGAUAAGGGAGAUGGGUAGAAUAGCAUCUCAACAAGCAAACGAAGAUAUUCAUUAUGAGAAAAUGUUGUGGAUGGCGCCUGAAUGUUUACGAGACGGGAAGGACAGACCCUAUGAUAAACAGAAAGCUGACAUUUAUGCCUUAGGAAUCAUUUUAAAGGAAAUAUUCACUCGUUCCUCCCCAUACACGGAGUACCCAUUUCUAGUUGCUCAUGAAAUCAUUGAUAAAAUAAAAUGCCCGAAUAAAGGGGAGAAAGUGUUUCGACCAAUGUUGUCCCUGCAGUUACGUCAGCAUUCAGAGUUGGCCACUCUUAUAAUGGACUGCUGGAGCGAGGACCCGUCCUCAAGACCCGCGGCAGCACGUGUUGGUAAACUUCUCAACAAAAUUCAUCCACAGAACUUGUCUAUGAUAGACAACAUGAUUGUUAUGUUAGAAAAGUAUGCCAAUCAUCUUGAGGAACUUGUAGCUGAGAGAACAAGCGAGCUGGACGCAGAGAAAGCAAAAACAGAAAAUCUUCUUUAUAGAAUGCUUCCACAAACGGUUGCAGAGGAGCUAAAAAUGGGCCGACCAAUAAAAGCGGAACAUUUUGAUGAUGUCUCAUUAUAUUUCUCUGACAUUGUCGGUUUCACUUCAAUAUGUGCCAGCAGUACGCCAAUAGAAGUAGUCAAUCUUUUGAAUAGUUUAUAUACACUAUUUGAUGCCAUAAUAACACGAUAUGACGUUUACAAGGUGGAAACUAUCGGUGAUGCUUACAUGAUAGCGAGUGGAUUACCAAAGAGGAAUGGGAAGCGUCAUAUUAAGGAAAUAGCCGACUGUGCUUUAGACAUAUUAGCCUCCGUAUCUACAUUCUGUAUUCCUCACCAACCGGACAAGAAAGUCAAAAUACGAAUAGGUAUACAUACUGGUCCAGUUGUAGCCGGUGUUGUAGGGCUGGCAAUGCCGAGGUAUUGUUUAUUUGGAGACACAGUCAACACCGCUUCAAGAAUGGAAUCUACCGGUCUUCCUUUACGUAUUCACUUGAGUUUAACAUCAAGAAAUGCAUUGGUACAAUACCCUGGCUACCAUCUUGUUUGUAGAGGUGAAAUUCCUGUUAAGGGGAAAGGAAACAUGAGGACAUAUUUCUUGUGUGGAAAAGAAGGAUUUAAAAAAGACCUUCCAAAUUGCGAUGAAAACGUAGAGAGUGGGCAAGGAGGAAAUCGUGUAUCUCUUACUUCAUUGAACUCUAUGGCAUCACUUGUGUCAUCGCCAUCUACUUGUUAUUCAUUUGUAUCAUCAAACUGUGCACCAACACCAAAAACUUCACAAAUAUCAAACAUUUCUAAUAUUUCACGAAGUGUCUCAAUACACAAUAGUUCAAAUGAUUCAUUGGAAGAAAAGGAUGAAACAAUUGUGACAGAAAAUUCUCAGGGAAGCGAAGUAGACGAAAAGUUUAAAUUAAAAGAAACAGGUUUACUCGAAAGCACGUGUUUGUGACGCCAAGCUUAUUGAGAAUACAAAAAAAAGUUAUCUGAAAAAGAGCAAAGGUCUGUAGUAAAUGUUUUAAGGAAUUAUAUGACACUAACACGGUUCCUUUUAAUGUAAUUAAGUAUGAAAAUACAGAAAGUGUAUGGUAUUGUACUCAUUUUGUUAAAAUGUGUAAUUAACUGAAAGUGCUAAAUUGACUGAGAUGAUGUGUUGGAGAUGGUUUAGUUCUGCACUUCUUAUGAAAAUGCAUGAAAUAAGAUUAAAAUCAAGAAAGAAAAUUUCAAUGACCUUACAUUUCAUUUAAUGUCUUCCAUGCCGAAGAGAAUAUAUAUUUAUAAGUGAUAAACCGUUUAAAUCGUAAAGAAAAUAUCUAAAUUUUACUUGUGAUAGCGUUUGAAUUAGAUAUAAGUUGAAGUAAUAUCUCUAGCAAAAGAUGUACAUGUACAUAAUCAGCCUUUUAAAGUACAAAACAAAAAUGACUUUUGCCUAAUGACUCAUAGUUACUUUUGUUUGUUUUCUUUUUCUCUUCAUUUCAAAUGUAAAUGUAAGUUUUUUUUUAAAUCGAUAAAUAUAAUAUCAUAAUACAAUCAUUGUCUCAAACUUUAUAAUUGAUGCUUUCACCUUUAUUUUGCUUUUUAUCAGAUUGCGUUAUACAAAUAGCUAUAUGAUGAUUUUGUGUUUGGCCUGAAUAAAAGAAUUAACUGUACAUCUGUAUGAACAAGAAAAGAUUUUCACUUUUCUAAAACCGAAUAUUAAUAUUCCUGUCUAUUAUUUGAAAUUGUGAUGUUUUCUUUUUUAUUUAAUUUUAAUUAAAAGUGUUUGAAAGCACUUCAAAUGCAUUCAGUACUCUAUUAUUAUCUAAUACUUUUAAAAGAAAUCCAUGGUGAAAAAUGUGAAGAAAAAUGGAAUAUAAAUACUGUUCAAAAUGUAUAGCUUUCAUAACUGAUUGAUUAGUUGACAUGUCGUGAAUAUAUAGAGGAUAUUCAAUUUUUUUCUAUAAAUACAUGAUUUAUUUUCAUUGAGUGGUAUGAAAAUAAAUAUUUCAUGAGUGGCGGUAGCCACGAGUGAAAUAUGGUAAUUUUUAUGCCACAAGAUGAAAAUAAAUUGUGUAUUUAUAGAAAAAACUUGAAUUUUCUGUUUAUUAUAUACAUUUUUCUCCUUUUUGAUAUUAAAAUUUGAAAGACUUUCCCUUAAAUUUUGUGUACUGGCAGAAU